CGAGGGCUGGGUGUCUGUCUCCUCCUACAUGUAGAGGUGAGGAGGGAGAGUCCAGCAUCUGUCCAUAAAUACCAGCUUCUAGACAGCAAGAGGAACUGCCUCUUCCUAGGAAACACCCUGAAGCAGGCUUCAUCACCGUAGAAACAAUGGCAGAUGCAAGCUUUCGUCAGGAGUUCCUGGACACCCACAACAAACUCAGGGCGAUGCACACUGCGCCGCCGCUGACCUAUAACAGCGAGUUAAAUGCAGCAGCUCAGAAAUGGGCCGAUCAUAUGCUGGCAAAGAGAAGUCUGGGGCACAGUGACACUCAGGAUGGAGAGAACGUCUUCUACAUGUCCAGCUCUCAAGGCAUUAAUGCAACAGGGAAAGAAGCUGUAGAUUCGUGGUACAGUGAGAUCAAGGAUUAUGACUGGAGCAAGCCUGGAUUCCAAAGCAAUACUGGUCAUUUUACUCAAGUGGUGUGGAAAUCCAGCACUGAACUGGGCGUGGGCAUGGCCACUGAUGGGAACCUGUUGUUUGUGGUUGGACAGUACCGACCAGCUGGCAACAUCAGCAACGAGGGCUACUUCCAGAAAAAUGUCGACCCCAAAAUUUCAGAGUAAAAGCUGUGCAUUUUACAGCUGGCGGAGACACGGCUGCAGCAGACAACACCUCCAGUAAGGAGACAGAAGUGCCCCCAAAGAAAAAGACCACCUGCACACUUCUGUAGAGGAAGUGGACAUUCCCACAGCCGUCGCACACACUUUGCUUACAUAUUCCAAGAUGUAAACAUGCAAAAAGAAAAGUCAAAUAAAGCACUGUGUUUCAUACGAUUGUCUGGUGUAAAAAACGUUGUAAGUGGAAUUUGUCUGUCAGAAAUCCCACGUAUAGCAUCAACUCUUCACUCAUUUUAGCUUCUACAUUCAUAUGAAGCAGACAGUUCAGGUAUAACGGUUCAUUUGAUGCCUACGAUGCUAUUUUAGACACACUCUCAAACAGAAUGUGAGCUUUACGUCAGGUGUCUUUCACUUCCAAAUGGUCAGAAAUGUAACCCUCUGAAUCCCAGACAGUUUCAAAGCAGUUUGUCACUCCUGCCAUAUUUUUGCUCACUGUUGGCAUAUUAUCCACUGCAAUAUCAGAUAAAGUCUUGCACCUCUAUGGAAACAACUGGGGGUUGCUACAAGGGGAGAGAACUCAUAAUGUCUGUUGUGCAAUAUGACACAGUUUUAAAGCCUUAAAGCAUAAAAUAAAUAAAUACAUUUUUUCUUUAAA